GUAAUAUUGUUGCUGCUAUGUUUAGCAUAUUUUUCGGUAUCUUAAUUUGCAAUUUAAGCAGAUUAUAAUAGACAGAUGAGAAAACCGUGGACUACAGCUGGACGAGUACCUGAGACGGCCGAGAGCUGUCUCCGGUCAGCUGAUUAUCGUACGAUUGGCUUAACAUGCAACGUAAACAAACCAUCGUAAAGCACAUUUUCGCUUAUAGCCGUGAAUAAAAAUAAAAGAUUUUCAGCCAAGUUAAUUUCAUUCUGACAGAAGUAUACAGUACAACAGAUUUGAUUUAGGGUAUUGGACUUUGAAAUAUCUUUAUGAAAUCAUCUGGCAGUAGAAAGCAAAUGGCUAGGGUAUACAUAGGAUAGUAGGUAGUAGGCUACAUAGCUAGCUACCCUAUACUAGCCUAGGUACAACGAACGCAGUGAGAAAUUGUUGACUGAGUGAAUGGGUAUCUUAGGCCGGAUCAUCGCUACUUCGUCUUGCAGGGGUUUGUCAAGGAACCCCUUCAAAACGCUACCGAAUUCGUUAGGUCUACUGACAGUAAACACGCUUGUGAAGAUGCAGAACAAACGUCCCAGCUCUGACAUGGCAAAAUUUAAGGAGAUCUACAAGAAAGCAAAACACGUAGUUGUCCUAACAGGAGCUGGAGUAUCUGCAGAGUCUGGAGUGCCAACUUUCCGAGGAGCUGGAGGUUAUUGGCGCACUUGGCAAGCUCAAGAUUUGGCUAGUCCAUUGGCUUUUCACCGUAACCCUUCCUUAGUUUGGGAAUUUUACCAUUAUCGCAGAGAAGUCAUGCAAAGUAAACAUCCUAAUCCUGCACAUCUUACACUAGCAGUAGCUGAAAAGCAUCUUGAAGCUGAAGGACGUCGAUUAGUUGUUAUCACACAAAAUAUUGAUGAACUUCAUCGCAAGGCUGGGUCUGAAAAAAUAAUUGAACUUCAUGGGUCAUUGUUCCGCACACAGUGCACCAAGUGUGGUGAGGUCAAGGCAAACACAGACAGUCCUAUUUGUGAAGCACUUGCAGGAAAAGGAGCUCCAGAUCCAAAAGCUGAGGAUGCCAGAAUACCUGAAUCUGAAUUACCUAGGUGUAAGUCAUGCUCAGGUUUGCUGAGACCUGAUGUAGUGUGGUUUGGUGAGGGACUGGAUCCUGAAGUCUUGGAAAAGGCAGGUACUGAAUUGGAUAGUUGUGACUUGUGCUUGGUUGUUGGUACAUCAUCUGUUGUGUAUCCAGCUGCAAUGUUUGCCCCACAAGUUGCUGCUCGAGGUGUUCCUGUUGCAGAAUUUAACCUUGAAACAACUCCAGCCACAGAUUCAUUUGGAUUUCAUUUUGAAGGUCCGUGUGGAAGUACACUCCCAACUGCAAUUGCACCUUAAAUCUUUAGUCAAAGUAUUCAUUUAAAAACUGUACAUUAUAUGAUCCAGUUGCUUAAUAUGCAAGAGUAUGGUUAAAAAAUUGCUUACCUUAUUCAAAAUAAAGAAUUUUUGAAAAUUUAUACAUAUAUAUGGUCAAUAUAUCACCAGGUCUUACUUUUACCUUUUCAUUGGUGAUUAACACCUAUGGGUAAAAUAUACUACUGUCAUUUACACUGUACCACUAGAUUAUAGCUAAGUAUAAAAAAGAUUGGAAUAUAUGUUUAUUUUGAUCAUAUGGCCAGGUCUUAAUUUUUACCUUGGAGAUUAUAAUUUACACUUAUGCAUAAACUUUUCCCUCAGUUACGCUACCACUGGUGUAAAUUGGUAAAUAAAAAUUAAAACAUUUUAUGGAAAUACAUAUAUUAUGUAGUUGGUCAACAAAUCACCAUGUCUUAAUGUUAGGCUUUCCAGUUAUGAGUAACAUUUAUGGAUAACAUAUACCAUUAUAUUUUACCAUUAGUAUAGAUCAGAAAAUGAAAGAUAAUUUGAGGGAUAAUAGGCUUGGGAGUGGAGGCAGCCAACAUAGCUACCUCUCACAUACAGUAUAAUUCUUUUAUCAGUUAUUAUUAAGUUAUUAGUAAAGAUACAGUGCUAUUUGUUUUGGUUAUGAUUUCAACCUAAAUUGUUGCAUUUUGUAAAUAUUUAUAAAAUAAAAGCUGAAAACAUGAA